AUGCGUGCCCUGUGGCCGCUUUGCGUGGCUCUGGGAGUCGUUGCGGCGGCGGGCGGGAGCGGCCGGCCGAGCCCCGAGCACAGCACGGUAUGGGGGCCCGGGCUGCGGGCGGAGGCUGUCCUCCCCGCUCGCUAUUUUUACGUGCAGGCCGUGGACGCCGAAGGGCAGAGGUUCACUUCAUCACCGGGUGAAAAUGCAUUCCAGGUGAAGAUCACUGCUCCUGAUGAACAGUUCACUCGUGUUGGUGUGCAAGUAUUAGACAGGAAAGAUGGUUCGUUCCUUGUGAGAUACAGGAUGUAUGCAAGCUACAAAAACCUGAAGAUAGAAGUCAAAACUGGACAGAAACAUGUUGCAAAGUCUCCGUAUAUCUUAGAAGGACCUAUUUACCAUGAAAACUGUGACUGCCCUCAGGAGGAGAGCAGUGCCUGGCUGGAAGUGAUGAACUGCCCUCAAAUCAUUCCACAGAUUCAGAGAGACCUAGCAAAUUUUCCCAUUGUUGAUCCAGAUAAGAUUGCAAAAGAAAUUCCACAGAGGUUUGGACAAAGACAGAGUUUGUGUCAUUACACCAUCAAAGAUAAUGAGGUUUACAUAAAGACGUAUGGGGAACAUGUUGGCUUCAGAAUUUUCAUGGAUGCCAUCCUGCUUUCUUUGACAAGAAAAGUGAAAAUGCCAGAUGUAGAAUUUUUUGUUAAUUUGGGAGACUGGCCUCUGGAGAAAAAGAAGUCUCCAGACAAUCUGCACCCCAUCUUCUCAUGGUGCGGUUCCAGUGAGACAAAAGACAUUGUCAUGCCAACAUAUGACUUAACAGACUCAGUUUUGGAGACUAUGGGACGAGUCAGUCUGGAUAUGAUGUCAGUUCAAGCAAAUACUGGCCCAUCAUGGGAAGACAAGAAUACCACAGCCUUCUGGAGAGGACGUGACAGCCGCAAAGAGAGGCUUGAACUUGUAAAACUCAGCAGAAAAUAUCCAGAGAUCAUAGAUGCUGCUUUCACAAACUUUUUUUUUUUUAAACAUGAUGAAAGUCUCUAUGGCCCCAUUGUCAAGCACAUUUCCUUUUUCGAUUUUUUUAAGUAUAAAUAUCAAAUUAAUAUUGAUGGCACAGUGGCAGCAUACAGAUUGCCUUAUCUACUAGCAGGAAACAGUGUGGUGCUAAAGCAAGACUCCAUCUACUACGAGCAUUUUUAUAAUGAGCUGCAGCCAUGGAAACAUUAUAUUCCAUUUAAAAGUGACCUGAGUGAUCUACUAGAAAAACUACAGUGGGCAAAAGAGCAUGAUGAAGAGGCAAAAAGCAUUGCAAAAUCUGGACAAGAAUUUGCAAGAAACAAUCUCAUGGGAGACCACAUUUUUUGUUACUAUUUCAAACUUCUUCAGGAAUAUGCCAGCUUGCAAGUGAGCGAGCCAAAAAUCAGAGAGGGGAUGGAGAAAGUACAGCAGCCUGAUGAUGACCUUUUCCCAUGCACUUGCCACAGAAAAAAGGCCAAAGAUGAACUCUGA